AUGGCGAGACAGGUCCAGCGGCUCGCCGUGACGCCGCCGUCCGAGGAUUCGGACAACGUCAACUCGGGCUCUCACUACACGGGUCGCUUGUCGUCGUCGUCCAGUCAUCCAUCUCCCGCCGAUGCCCCGCCCCGAGCCCACCGCGCCUGCGAAAAAUGCACCAGGACCAAGAAGAAGUGCGACAAAGGCCUGCCUGCCUGUUCGAGAUGCACCAGACUCGCCACCAAUUGCUGCUAUGACUUUGUGGUCAACCCACCCUCGCUCACCAUCGUCGAGCAAGGCGCCGCGGGCAGUGGCUAUAAGCAUGCCAGCGACGCGCGUCCUGCCUUCGAAUGGCUCACCCAGGCCGACUUUACCGCCGCUCAGAUCAUGCAGCUUCUCAACAGCCAUGGAGUUGACUGGAAGGCUUCCGUCAAUACCUACUUCAACACCGUCAACACCUGGCUCGUCGUCAUCCACCCCGAAGUAUGGCAGAGACGCUGCGCCGCCGCUCAGCUCGAGACCAAUCCCAACAACUCGGACAUGGUUCUGCUCAUUCUGUGCAUUCACAUCCUUACCAUCUGGAACUGUGACGAGUUCUCAUCCACGGCCAUGCUUGAACAUCCGCUCUAUCAAUCCGCCAAGCGUAUAUGGAUCUUGAGGAAAGCCUUUUCCAAGCCCAAAAUUGAGCACGUCCAGUGCGGCGUUCUCAUAUCUCUGUUCGAGCUAGGGCAUGGCGACAUCACUCGCUGCUAUCAGACUUUUGGUGAAGUGGCCGCCAUGGGCAAAGUAUUGAAUCUAAAACCCGGUAAAUAUGUCAAGGAGGAAGAGGAUUUGCCUGCCGACCCCGAGGAGGAGCAGAACCGAGCUCUUUGGUGGGUGCUCGUCAUCAUGGACAAGUGA